AGUCGUGGUGCAAGCAGCCAUGUUGCCGCGAGCUUGUUCCGGUAUCAGGGCAGGAUCGUGCGCAUAGACGGACUCGGGCGCAGCUCCUCGCCUCUCUCCCCCUGUCGCCCGUGACACGCACCUCCUAACAAGAAAGCCCCAGUUUACCGAUAAUGGAUUUUACAACCUGAUGAUUCCUCGUUCAGUCGGCUGGUGUCGGGAUUAAUAGUAGUCGGUGUAGCGACGGGACGAACGGGUUUAUCGCCACACUGCAGUGCAGCACUGGUGAACGACCUUAUUCCAAUCACGCAACACAAGGAAGAGCGCCGGUGAUUUCCGUGGAUUUUGAGUUUUGUGGGUCGCCGUGUGGCAGUCACCGCCGCCGCGGCCGCAGGACCGGAGGCUAACUAGCUAGCGUUGCUUCGGAAGAAACAGUGAAUUAGCCAGCUACAUGGGCUAACAUCGGCCAGCCUGUUCAUUCGUGUUUCUCUCUCUGCCAUGUGAUCGUUUUUCAUGGUGCUGCUUUUAUUGUUCGGAUACCCUAACCCUGGAUAUCUCACUGGGAACAGUUUGAAUUGUUUUGUGAGAGUUGGGAAGGUCGACACCUCGCCGGGAAUAACUUUGGCCUGAAAGUUUGUAGACCUCGGAGCUGGUUUCAAACCCUGAAGGGAAACCUCUCUGCCACGAAACGAGAGAAAACAGGCGUCGACCCCGCGGUAUGAAAACAACACCGGAUAAACACUGCUAGUACAUUUCUGCGACAGUUGGGGCUUUCUCCAGACAUUAGUUAGCAACCUUACAGGUUAGCAUGGUAGCCACCUAAUUGAACCCUGUCUUGUUGAACUCAACCUCUGACUAACUUUUCUUCGAGCUAGCCCGAGUAGCUAGCUGGCCAAAACGUCACAGCGUCAGGCUGUUAGCUCGCAGCUCACCGUCGACGCUGAUAAAUGCUGAUUGGGAACUGACUUGUUUUCACACCAAGGGACGAAGCUGAAGAAGACGUUUGCUCUUUUUUUUUUCCUUCCUGUUUUGUGCUUGUUGACAAACAUGGGACGUGCGAUUGCUGCUAGCUAGUUUCUAGCUAGCUGGCUAACUGGGCUAGCCGCUGAUGUGGGAUUCAACUUGUUGAUUCACAGGCUAUCUGUGGUGGUGCUGCUGCUGCUAGCUGGCUAGCACUGGACAUCUGUUUGGAAAUUCCCCUCUGCCAUAAACUACACAGGUUUUAAAUGCACAAUAGACACUGAAGAAUCGUUCUUGUUUCACUGUUGCUUUCCCUUUUUUUUUUUGGCAACUUCACGUCUUUCAAAAAUGUCAACAAGGAUCCCACUGGUGCAAGUCAUUGAAAAUUCGACCGGCCAGGAGUCAAAGUCAUCUGGCCGCUCCAGCAUGCCGCGAUGUCGGAACUCCGUCGCCACGACCACAUCAGAUGACCAGCCGCACAUUGGUAACUAUCGGUUGCUAAAAACCAUCGGCAAAGGCAACUUCGCCAAGGUCAAACUGGCACGACACGUCCUCACCGGAAAAGAGGUGGCUGUAAAGAUCAUUGAUAAGACACAGCUCAACUCCUCCAGUUUGCAGAAGCUCUUCCGGGAGGUGAGGAUCAUGAAGAUGUUGAAUCACCCCAACAUAGUCAAGCUCUUUGAGGUGAUAGAGACAGAGAAGACUUUGUACCUGGUAAUGGAGUACGCUAGUGGAGGAGAAGUCUUUGAUUACUUGGUGGCCCAUGGCAGGAUGAAGGAGAAAGAAGCCCGUGCCAAAUUCAGACAGAUUGUGUCAGCGGUGCAGUAUUGCCAUCAGAAGUGUAUAGUACACAGAGACCUCAAGGCAGAGAACCUGCUGCUGGACGCAGACAUGAACAUCAAGAUAGCAGAUUUUGGCUUUAGUAAUGAGUUCACUCUGGGGAACAAGCUUGACACGUUCUGCGGCUCUCCACCCUACGCUGCCCCAGAGCUCUUCCAGGGCAAGAAGUACGACGGGCCCGAGGUGGACGUCUGGAGCCUGGGGGUGAUCCUCUACACGCUGGUCAGCGGCUCGCUGCCCUUCGAUGGACAGAACCUCAAGGAACUGAGGGAGCGCGUGCUGCGUGGUAAAUACAGGAUUCCUUUCUACAUGUCUACGGACUGUGAGAACUUGCUCAAAAAGUUUCUCAUCCUGAACCCCUCCAAAAGAGGCAGCCUCGAGCAGCAGAUAAUGAGGGACCGGUGGAUGAAUGUGGGCUACGAGGAGGAAGAACUCAAACCCUACAUCGAACCACAGCCAGAUUAUAAGGACCCCAGGAGGACAGACAUCAUGCUGCAGAUGGGAUUCUCUCAGGAGGAGAUCCAGGACUCGCUGGUGAACCAGAAGUACAAUGAUGUGAUGGCUGCAUAUCUGCUACUGGACUAUAGGAACUCUGAGCUGGACGAAGGUUGCAUCAAGCCCCGGCCAGGAAGUGAUGUAAGCAACAUAAACGCCCCCUCCCCGCCUCACAAGGUACAGCGCAGUGUGUCAUCCAACCAGAAGCCUCAGAACCGCAGAGCCACCGACCAGGGCUCCUCCUACUCUAAGAGGGGAGGUCAAGCAGACAACCGGACUGCAACGGAGGAUUCUGGGAGGAAAGGUUCAUCAGGCAGCUCCACUACCAAGGUGCCGGCCAGCCCUCUGGUCUCCUCUGACCGCAAGAAGAGCGCCACGCCCUCCACCAAUAGCAUCCUGUCCACCGGUACCGGUCGCAGUCGGAACUCUCCUCUGACUGAGAGAGCCACGCUGGGCCAGGGCGUCCAGAACGGCAAGGACAGCCUAAACACUCCGGGCUCCCGCGCCUCCACUGCCUCGGCCGCUGCCGUCCUCUCCUCCUCCUCCUCCACCUCGCGUUCCCGCCACCACAAGUCCCUGUCCUCCUCCAAUCAUCCAUGCCCCUCUGACCUGCACGCACCACGGCCCAGCGCCCCACCUCAGCGGGCGCCCGGUGCCUCCCCAUCUGCCCACAACAUCAGCAGCGCUGCCGUGUCAGACCGUCCCAACUUCUCCCGGGGGGUGGGCAUCCGCAGCACAUUCCACGCAGGCCAGCAGCGGGGUGCCAGGGAUCAGCAGGGCUCCGCCUACCCCGGCGGGCCCGCGUCCCCAUCUCUGUCACAUGGCAACAGCCAGGCCCGGAGGACACACGGUGCCACAGGGAUUUUCAGCAAGUUCACAUCCAAGUUUGUACGCAGAAAUCUCUCGUUCAGGUUUCCGAGAAGGAGUCCGUAUGAGGGAGAGGGUCGGGAUGAGGGGAGCAGGUCUAUGCUGAGCAGUACAGUGGACAAGUCCGAGAAGACGUCUGGUGGUGUUCUCUCCUCCUCUUCCAACAACGAUGAGAACAACUCCUCUCCAGGAUCUGGUAACACUGGUGGCACCGGCACCCCUCCAGCCAUCGCCAGCCAAAAGGACUCGGCCAAGCCACGCUCACUUCGCUUCACAUGGUCCAUGAAGACCACGUCGUCCAUGGAGCCCAUGGAGAUGAUGCGCGAGAUUCGCAAGGUGCUCGAUUCCAACAGCUGCGAGUACGAGCUGCGCGAGCGCUACAUGCUGCUUUGCAUGUCGGGCAACCCAGCCCGUGACGACUUCGUCCAGUGGGAGAUGGAGGUGUGCAAGCUGCCGCGGCUCUCCCUUAACGGCGUGCGCUUCAAACGGAUCUCGGGCACGUCCAUCGCCUUCAAGAACAUUGCCUCAAAGAUUGCCAACGAGCUCAAACUGUGAGUGCGUGGAGGAGCAGCGAGGGGAGAUGAGAUUAAAGGGUGGAGGUGGGAGGGUGAAGGGGGUGAUAGCGAGGAUAAAGAUGUAAGCCGGGUGGGGGCGCUGUGGAGGUCAGGAGGUAAGCUAAAGGGUGGGAUCACUUUAAAAAUAACACGAUUGUUAUCUGGACAAAGGUCUGAAGUAGGGCUAUCGGUUCUCUGAGACUAGAAAAUGUUUCUUUUCUAGAAGUUUUGUUCCUUAAGUUCCCGAGGCCCUGCGAUUAGAAACUCUGAGUUGUGAAGUACUUAUAGACCGAGGUCUUCUCUCUUCCCUGCUGGGUAUUUUUUUUUUUUUUUUUUUUUCUUUUUUUUUUUGUCACGUUCUACUUAGACGUUCCACUCUUCUGCAUGUCCGAUCUGCUCUCUCUGGUUUAUAGAAGUCACACUUUGAUCACUUUGACCACUCCUGUCACUUCUUCCUGCUAUUUAUUCAGUUUUUCUGCACGAUUCUGCUGCCAGGUCUUUUUUGGGUAGGGGGGGAAACUGGGUAGACGUGGGGGGCUGGAUGGAGGAAGGAGAGCAGAGGAAUUGCUGAAAAAAGAAAAAAAAAAAACGUUCUUCUUUCUCUCUCAAUCUGUAACAAGUGGUGGUGAUUGACAGAAAGCUCGGAGCCUUAUUUUGCUGGAAAGGAGUUUUGAUUGAAUGUGUUCUGAUUCUCCUCCAAAACUGAACGGACUCUAACUGAGCCAGGACUCUGGUCGCUGAAGCCCACUCUCACGCACACACACACACACACACACACACACACCACACACACACACACACACACACGCACACGCGACACACAAACACACACACACACACACACACACACACACACACUCACAGAUGGACUUUGGAUGGACGAACUCUGCUGUUAUUGGUUUAAGGACCCUCUCCACCCUCCACCUGCCUGCACAAACGUCCCCUCCUUCCCCAAAAUGAACAUUUAAAAACUCCACCUGAUCCAUCCUUCCACCACCUCCCUCCUCCCCUCACAUACACACACACACACACAAACUCAAACACCACCCUCUCCCUGUAAUUUCAAACUGAACUCAGCACAAACACAUCCAUCUUUUUCACCUCUUCCACUCCCUUUUUCUUCCUCAUUUUUUAAUUUCUCUCGCGCCAUCAAGUCCGAGGAGGCCAGUUAAACUUGAUGCCGUCAUCGAUUGUUCGGGCUUCAACCCUUCAAGUCCGUACUUUUGUUUUUUUCUUUAAUGGCUUUUGAAAAUAAAAAAGAGUUGUGCACUGGAAAAGAGGGGCAUAUGGGAAACUGGGGAGGGAUGGAUGGGGUUGUUGAUGGAUUUUAUGUUGCCUUUCUUUAUAGAAUUAAAUUUGGGGUUUGUUUUUGUUGCAUACGUCAGCACAUAAAUGCUCAAAUGAUUUAUUUGUACUUUUUUUUUUUUGUUAAUGUUGGUAUCGCUUCGGUUGGCAUCACGCCUUCAUAUCCAGAAUGUCAACCCUGAACCGACGCAUUUCUUGUCAACCCCCUGCCCCCCACCCCAUCCCCCUCUCUGCUACAUGUGUUCCCAAAGAGCAAACACACAAAUAAGGUGUCUUUGGAGUAUGUAACAAACAGUAUGUGUGUGUGUGAGUGUAUUAUAAAAGAUCACUGGAAAAAAAAAACGACAACAAAAAGAAUCGACAAGGACGACGACGAAUGGUGAAAUGUUUUCUUCUUCUACUUUUGAUUUGAUAAUAUAUUUUUGUGUCGUUGGAAAACUUGGGGUUUGUACAGAUUUGGAUUUUCGGGCAUGGGGGAGGUUGGAUGGGGUGUGAAGGGUCACGUCAGAUCAGAUCAUAUCAUUGCUGCCUUUUCAGUGUAGUGCACCUUUUAACACACACACACAUUUAACACACAGCUCAUAGUGUCUCAGAUUAAACAUAAACCCCGCCCGCCCGCCCUCCCCAAGCGCAGGCAGGAGUUAUCGAUGUAUUUAAUGAUGUUGGUGGUGGUGUCGACUACUGCUCGUUCAUCUUUGGCCAUUUUUUUCAUCUGUUUGUUUUUAUUUUGUUUUGUUUUUUUUAAAGGCCUUAUCAGUCCAGAAUGGCUUGAAGCAGAGAGAGAAGGCAGGAAACGGCUUCUUCGUCAAAAACGUUUUCAUAUCAGAGCUCACGUUCACAUUCAAGACCACAAACGAGAAGAAGCCACUUCCUGUCUCUCUCUCUCUUUUUUUUGCAUUGACGCUCCAGUUUGUCGAAGCAGAAGAAAAACACACCCACACACACACACACACACUCUCUCGGGGGUUAGAGAAAAGGGGACGAUGGGUCCCGUCAGCUGGUUGUACCUAACUUAACACUUUUCUUUCUUUCUAUCACAAUGACACACUGUCGUUUUAUUAUUUCUUUCAGUUUUUAAUACGUCAGAUUUUUCUUUAAAAGUUGAUCAUUGUAUUAAGGUGCUGGGUAUUGGAUUCUAAUUAUUAUUCUGGCUGUUGCUGUUAUAUUAUCUCUUUCAGGGUUGAUUUUAUUUUACAUUAUUUUCGUUUUACAUUGCUGUAAUUUACAUUGAUUUUAAAUGUGUUUUGAGCAAACUGUAACUGUAGUGGUGGGUUUGGGGUUGGGAGGGGUGAUCAACUCCUGAAAAAUGUAUUAUUUGUUUGUUUUUUUUGUGCAAAGACAAAAUGAUGAAAAAUUACAAUGAUAGUAAUAAAAACAAUGAUAUAAUGAUA